GUCUGUGUAGCAGGCAGUGUGUUCAUUCAACCUCAGAGUCAGAGGUGGAGAAACCAUCAGAGAGCCGCUGGAGGAUUCACACACACCUGGAACCAACAGAUCCAAACAUUUGUGGCACUUCUACAUCUUCUUCCAGGGAACAUGGAUAAAGAGACUUCAGCAACACCUGAGAAACAGACAGGAGUUAAAUUGAAGGCAGAGGAUGUCUUGAAAGCUUUAGAUGAAUUAAGUGAGGAUGAGUUACAAAGAUUUGAGUGGUUCCUGCUGCAGCCUGACACCGUUCCUGGGCUCCCACCAAUCAAGAAGGGUUACCUUAAAAAGACAAAAAGCCUCAAUAUUGUGGACGUGAUGAUGCAGACCUAUACACUUGAACGAUGCAUGGAGGUGACCAGCAAGAUUUUAGAGAAAAUUCAAAGGAAUGACCUGCUCCAGAGAUUGAUAAAAGAUUGGAUGAGGAAGACAGAUGUUGAAGAUCAGGAGAUGAUCCAGGAGAGACAGCUGAAGAUCCAGGAGAUCAGAGAGUCGGUGAAGAUCAGUAAAGAUGCUGCAGACAGAGAGAAAGCAGAAGGUGUUCAGGUCUUCACGGCUCUGAUAGAGUCUGCUGAGAGAGGCCUGAAGGAGCUCCUCAAGGAGAUCCAAGACAAACAGGAAACUACAGAGAAACAGGCUGAAGACUUCAUCAGAGAUCUGGAACAGGAGAUCUCUGAGCUGAAGAAGAGGAGCUCUGAGUUGAAUUUCCACCAAAGUUUCUCCUCCCUCUCUCUGACAAAUGAUCCACCAAACAAGAACUGGGUAGAGGUCAGAGUUCAUCCGCCAUCAUAUGAGGGGACUGUGGUGAGAGCUGUGACUCAGCUGGCAGAGAAGAUGGGGAAGAUGCUGGACAUGAGAAGAGUCCAGCAGUUUGCAGUGGAUGUGACUCUGGAUCCUGAUACGGCUCAUCCUAAACUCAUCCUGACUGAUGAUAGAAAACAGGUGAAACAUGGAGAUGAUUGGAAGAAACUUCCAGACAAUCCAGAGAGAUUUUCUAAGUGUGUUUUUGUUUUAGCAGAGCAGAGUUUCUCUUCAGGCAGAUUUUACUUUGAGGUUCAGGUUAAAGGAAAGACUGAGUGGGAUUUAGGAGUGGUUAGAGAGUCUGUUGACAGGAAAGGAAUACUUGCUAUGAGUACUAAGAACGGUUUCUGGACCUUAGUGUUAAGAAAUGAAAAUCAGUACUCAACAGGGGAAAAGACUUCGACCCUUUUCGAUCUCCAUCCUGGUCCUCAGAAGGUGGGGGUGUUUGUGGAUUAUGAGGAGGGUCUGGUCUCCUUUUAUGAUGUAGAUGCUGCAGCUCUGAUCUACUCCUUUACUGGCUGCUGCUUCAAGGAGAAACUCUACCCAUUCUUUAGUCCUUAUCUGAAUAAUGGAGGUCGAAACUCUGCUCCUCUGAUCAUCUGUCCUGUCAGUCGGGCUGGUCGUUGAUCUGAAGAAUCUCCAUGAAGAAUGAAUAUAAAUGACUGCUUCUCUAUUACUACAAAAUUGUACUUCUCACAAUCUGGAUUAUUUUUGUUAUUAAACCUUUACUGUGUAAAAACCUUUUUUUGAGUGGAUUUUGAAACAAUUAUAUUAUUCUUCUAUAGACUGUGCUAUAUAAAAAUGCCAUAUACACAAUAAAAAAAUUA